AUGGCAGACAAGCCAGAGCUUGAGGUCUCUAAGACUUUCUCCCCUGAUGGUGGGACCAUCGAGGGCUUCUCCCAUCAUGCAGAGGACAUUACAGCGGACCGAGAACCAUACGGGCCCCCGGGCUUACGGGGACUCGCAAGUAAUCCAUUCGUGUUGAUGUGUGCCGCAUGCUCAACACUCGGUGGUUUAAUUUUCGGUUAUGAUCAAGGUGUUGUGUCUGUCAUUUUGGUGAUGGACCAGUUCCUAGACGAAUUUCCGCGGAUCGCAGGCUCGGGUGCGGGAUUCUGGAAGGGUCUAUUGACUGCCAUGAUUGAAUUGGGUGCACUGCUUGGUGCAUUAAAUCAGGGUUGGAUUGCUGAUAAGAUCUCGCGACGCUAUUCGAUUCUGGUUGCCGUUGCGAUUUUCACGGUUGGAUCCAUCUUGCAAACCGCUUCCGUGGAAUAUUCCAUGCUGGUUGUGGCUCGAUUGAUUGGUGGUGUGGGCAUUGGCAUGUUGUCCAUGGUUGCACCAUUGUACAUUUCAGAGAUUAGUCCUCCGGAAUGCCGUGGAACACUGCUCGUUCUUGAAGAGUGGUGUAUUGUCCUCGGUAUCGUUAUUGCGUACUGGAUCACAUAUGGUACCCGGUAUAUGGCGGGAGAAUGGUCGUGGCGUCUCCCCUUCCUGUUGCAGAUGGUCCCGGGCUUCAUUCUUGUCGGUGGCGUGAUAAUGCUCCCAUUCUCGCCUCGAUGGUUGGCCUCCAAGGGCCGAAAUGAAGAAGCCUUACAAAGUCUCUGCAAAUUACGCAACCUUCCUGGCACAGAUCGACGUAUUCGCCAGGAAUUCAUGGAUAUCCAAGCCGAAGUACAAUUCCACCAGGAAAUGACGGCCGAAAAACAUCCUGAUUUGCAGAGUGGAAGCACCAAGGACUCGUUCCUCCUGGAGCUUGCCUCUUGGGCUGAUUGCUUCAGGAAAGGCUGCUGGCGUCGGACUCACGUCGGUGUCAUGAUCUGCUUCUUCCAGCAGUUUGUGGGUAUCAACGCACUCAUCUACUACUCUCCCACCCUAUUCGGUACCAUGGGUCUGGAUUCCAGCAUGCAGCUUGUGAUGUCUGGCGUUCUCAACGUCCUGCAACUGGUCGGCGUAACAACCAGUAUUUUCACGAUGGACACCAUCGGUCGCCGCAAGCUGUUGAUGAUCGGCUCGGUCCUCAUGGCCAUUGCAAUGAUUAUCAUCGCAGUCUUGGUCGGCCUCUACAGUUCGGACUGGUCGUCACAUCAAGCCCAAGGAUGGACCAGUGCGGCCUUCUUGCUAUUCUACAUGGUCGCAUUCGGUGCCUCCUGGGGUCCAAUUCCCUGGGCAAUCCCAUCUGAAAUCUUCCCCUCCUCUCUUCGUGCAAAGGGUGUCGCCCUAGCCACCUGCUCCAACUGGCUGAACAACUUCAUCAUCGGCCUCAUAACUCCUCCGUUAGUUCAGGACACUGGCUACGGCGCCUAUGUUUUCUUCGGCGUCUUCUGUGUGCUUUCUGGUAUCUGGACUUACUAUUUCGUGCCCGAGACGAAGGGCCGCACACUCGAACAGAUGGACCACGUGUUCAAGGAUAACUCGAGUGAGUAUGAGCAGGCUCGCCGAACUGCUAUUGAAGCAGAGCUCGUGGAGAGAGAACUGCUUAGUCCUCACCACGGGGUUGUAUAA